CCGAGCACCUCGGAAGAAAAAGGACGACAGCGCUCGCGCUAGCGGAGGCGCUCGGGCCUACAGCGCGUUCUCACGUUGCACGGUGGCCGCGAGAGCGCAGCGAAAUGUCCGAUUUCGAGGAGUUUGAGAAGCAGCUGAGCGAGAAUCGUCAGGAGCGGGAAAAGGAGCGGCACAAGAAGAGGAGCCGCAGCCGUUCCCCGAGCCAUGGCGACAAGCACCGGCGCUGGAGCAAAGACUCUGGGGGUCGGAGCCAUGAGAAGCGCAGUAGCAGCCAUGACCGCAAGGGCCGUGACAGGCGCAGUAGCUCCCGGGAGCACAAGAAGCACAGCUAUUCUCCCAGGAGGUCACGAAAGAAAAGAACAUACAAGUAUUGGGAUGUGCCACCCCCUGGAUUUGAGCACAUCACUCCCAUGCAGUACAAAGCCAUGCAAGCUGCUGGACAGAUUCCCACCAUCGCAUUGCUGGCUACCUCCACUAGCAGUGGUGUGGCGGUGACGCCCACUCAAGUGCCCAUGGUGGGCAGUCAGAUGACCAGGCAGGCCAGGCGGCUCUAUGUGGGCAAUAUUCCAUUUGGUCUUACAGAGGAGGCCAUGGCAGACUUCUUCAACACCCAGAUGCGGCUGGCAGGUUUAUCUCAAGGGCCCACCAAUCCGGUCCUUGCUGUGCAGAUUAACCAGGAUAAGAACUUUGCAUUCCUAGAGUUUCGCUCUGUAGAUGAAACUACGCAGGCAAUGGCUUUUGAUGGAAUAAUUUUCCAGGGUCAGUCAUUAAAAAUCAGACGACCCCAUGACUAUCGCCCACUGCCAGGCAUCUCGGAGCAGCCUGCGUUUCACGUUCCAGGUGUUGUGUCCACUGUGGUCCCGGACUCCCCUCAUAAGCUGUUCGUUGGAGGAUUGCCCAAUUAUCUCAGCGAUGAUCAGGUAAAGGAACUCCUGACAUCUUUUGGACCUCUUAAGGCUUUCAACCUUGUGAAAGACAGUGCUACAUCACUGUCUAAAGGUUAUGCUUUUUGCGAGUAUGUGGAUGUCAGUGCAACUGAUCAGGCGGUGGCUGGACUCAAUGGAAUGCAGCUUGGAGACAAGAAACUCAUCGUUCAGAGGGCCAGUGUGGGGGCCAAAAAUGCCAACGCUACGGCCAUUAUCGAGACCCCAGUGACCCUGCAGGUUCCAGGGCUGCAGCGAGUGCAGAACUCGGGUGUUCCCACUGAGGUGUUGUGCCUGCUCAACAUGGUCAUGCCAGAGGAGCUGGUGGAUGAUGAGGACUACGAGGAGAUUCUAGAGGACAUCAGAGAGGAGUGCUGCAAGUAUGGAAAUGUGCGUUCAAUCGAGAUCCCACGGCCUGUGGACGGCGUUGAGGUACCUGGCUGUGGCAAGAUUUUCGUGGAGUACAUGUCUGCAGCAGAGUGCCAGCAGGCCAUGCAGGCACUGACGGGACGCAAGUUCGCCAACCGAGUGGUUGUUACCAAAUACUAUGAUCCUGACAUGUAUCACAGGCAUGAGUUCUGACCGGAGCUUAUGGACAGACAGGCAGCAGUUUGUUAUUGCAAGGAUUACGCCCCUAUAGUCACCUGUGCGCCACAAGGUGUUUUCAUUAUAAAGUGUUUUGGUUAACUACUCACACACCACAGCCCAACCCAUUAGAUAAAAAAAGAAUACAAAACCUUGUCUUACAUAUUUUCUUCUCCUGAAACAAUUGGCCCAUUUCCCCAAACAUUAACGUCUUGUACAGUUU